AUGGUGAUGGUGAAUGAGUUAAGAGCUUUGAGUGAGAAUAGUGCCGCCGUUGUUUUUACUGUGAAAAUGGAUAAGACGUUGUUGAGACUCUUGACGCGCUUUGAUGGUACAUUUCACUGCCAAACUGACGGUAAAAGUGUAAUGGCAGAUUAG